AUGUAUUUCCACCUACAACCCUUCCGAUCACUUAGACUUAGUAUUUGCACGGUAAUUUACACCAUCAAAUUGGCGCCAUCCGUGGGACCUCUUUACAAAAAGAAGCCAUGAUGAACAACAAUAUGGAAUCCAUCAUUUCCCAAAUUUCCACCCCGGCGGAGGGUGUUACCCUAAUCCCGGGAGGAAUCACAUCAUUACCUUCUCUUUUCUCCCCCAUGAUCACCACCUUCACUACUCAAACAGCGCCGGGUCAAGCCCUCCAAAACUUUGGACAAUUUAUGCCCAUGUUCCAACAACCCGGGGGAUUUACUUUUUUCAUCCCUGGGAUGUACCCCCAUGCUCUGGCCCAAAAUACAUCUCCCAACCCGCUGGGGCAUCCCCCGCCGAACCAACCGGUCAGUACCACCCAGCCGGUCAUCCCGACAAAUCUGGCCACGGAGCUGGACAGGGCAGGCCCUUCUCAGUCUAGGAGGAGCAGAUCCCACAAGCGCCACACUCAGGUCACACCCGACGGGGGCGUGCGCUCAGUGCGCAGCAGGUAUGAAGACUGGGAUAUUCCCAGGGGCCAGAAAAAGCUGCAGGGCAAAGUCGUCCAGCCGGAAGGUUCACGACGGUCAGUGUUCCAGAGGCUGGGACAUGAGGGGCGGAACCAGAACCGACCGGCCAAUGAGCGGUUGGGGGUGAAGGUUCCCAAGCCAGGCAAACUCUACAGGCUAGAAGGUGGUAGGCGACCCGGUCAGAUCGGGCGCUUUGACCCUCGCCUCCAUGAUGAGCCGCAACACAGCAGGGUGCCUAGAGCGGAGGACCAGGCGGAAAGCCAACCCAAACUGGUGACACACACGCAUACUGAACCACCCAACGACCAGGUGGACAGAGCGGAAGCACGUUUGGAGAGGCUCUUAAAGAGAGUUCGUCGGGAGGAAAAGAAGAAAGUGGUGUUGAACAACCGUUUUAUCAUCCGUUAAGACCGGAUAUGUACCGUGCAAAUGUUAUAUAAAGUUGAUAUUUUUCUGAAAAGACUACUCACAAAACCGGUCGGAUAGGUUACAGACCCAUCCGCCCGGUCUAUGUUCAAUCGAAUUGAGCAUUCCAAAAAAACAAAACAAAACAGAGAAAAUAUGUGACAAGUCGAACUGGUACACUGGUUUC